UAGGAGGGCUUUUCCGCCUCCUGUUUUUGUGGCUUGUGAAUCACUUUAUCCUGCAUGCGGUGACGUUCUUCUGUGUCGUUGAGAUGUAGCGGCUACCACCACAGCUCUCCCUGUUGAAAUUCAGACUGCAUCGUUCUUUCUUUUUCCCAUCUUUCGCCCACCUCGCGAAAAUCCUAGCUGGCUGCUGGCUGCCCACCCUGCAGCUUAUCCGCCAUGGCUCCAAAUCUGUCACACGCCACUGGAAACCGAUGCACAUUAUGAGGCAAAAGCUGAUGGCAGUGACUGAGUACAUCCCACCAAAACCUCUGAUUUCAGAGACCUGUAUGAAGCCCCACGUUAUUCUUCCUGAGGAAGAGACUGGCUAUGAAAGACUGUUACUGCGUCAAGUGAAACAAACGUUCCUUGAGAAUAAAAUGAUUGUUGUGUGCCAGUACAAUUAUAUUCCUGGAAAUGACAUGAUAAUGUUGAGGCAUCAGCUGCGAAAGUAUAAUAUCCAGGUCAAAUUUUUUCCUAGUAAGGUCAUAACACCAUUUCUUUUGGAAUCUAAAUAUAAGAAUCUCCUCCCUCUCUUCGUGGAACGCAACCUUCUACUUGUCAGUAUGGAAACAAGGGCCCAGGAAACACUACGAAUCCUGAAGCGUGUGCCACAGAUUAACAUGCUAGGAGCUUGCAUCGACAAUGUCAUCCUAAGCAAACAAGGCUUUGUAAAUUAUGCUAAACUGCCAUCCAUAGUGACUGCCCAGGGGGAAACUGCAGGUGUGUUGUCACUCAUGACUUCCCACACUAGCAGACUUCUGCAGCGUGGUCCUGCUCAUCUCAGUUCCUUGCUGGACCAGUAUGUUCAACAGGAAAGUGAAAAAGUUGAAGAAAAGCAGAUGGGAACAUCAGCUAAAUUGGAAGCCCCUUGAUUCUUUAGUGUAAAAUUGCCAUGUUUACUUUGUUGUAUGUCCAUGAGUUGGUGGGAGGGGUUAGUGUGAUUGAUAAAAUUCUGGGUAUUAAUAAGAUUACAUGGAGAAAAAAUACUGUAGGACUAGGUCAGGAACAAUUGCCAUAUGGAUGUCAAGUCAAUAAUUGAUUCAGAUAUAUACUGAAAUGUAUAUAUCACCAAGUAUGGAAGCAGCCCAAAAGAUUAAG